AUGGCAUCCAACGCUUCGUGCAUUUUCUGCAAAAUCAUUAAGGGCGAAAUCCCCUCGUUUAAGCUUCUUGAGACUAAACACACCUUCUCGUUUUUGGACAUCCAACCCACCGCUGAAGCUCACUGUCUCAUCAUUCCAAAGGCUCAUGGUGCUAAGUUGCACAACAUUCCCGAUGAGUACCUUGCUGACUUGUUGCCUGUGGUCAAGAAGUUGACUAAAGUGUUGGACCUCGAUGAGAACAACACCCCUGAGGGCGAGGGCUACAAUGUGUUGCAGAACAAUGGUAGAAUUGCUCACCAGGAAGUUGACCAUGUUCACUUCCACUUGAUUCCCAAGAAGGAUACCGAAACCGGUUUGAUUGUGGGAUGGCCAGCACAGGCCACGGACUUUGACAAGUUGGGCAAGCUCCAUGAAUCGUUGAAGGCCAAAUUGGAGGAAGCUGAGAAGUUGUGA